AUGGUAGCCUAUGGUGAAGAUAAUUUAAGCAGAAGAAGUGCGACAAAAGUUUCCUUAAGCUCAGUAUUUGAGUCAUGGAAUGCAGCGCUCGCAAAUGAUGGCAUUACAACUCAAACAGACUAUAAGCGAUGUUCACACACUGCUCAUGGACUCCCGAAAGCAUGGCUUCAAGUGGAUCUUAAAGAUUACUUCAGCUUGAAGUCUGUCAAGAUAUACUACAGAGAUGAAUCAAAUUGGCCUCCUUACCGGUUUCGUCAAUUCUACUUAGAUGUGUCUAACUCGUCAGCAGAUGUAACUUCUACAUCACAAAGAAUACGCUGUUACAAGGACGAAACUGAAGAACCAGAUGUGCCCCCAGCUUUCAUAGACAUUUCUUGUAGGCACACAGCGAGAUACAUCAUUGUGGGGACUUCUUAUGACGCUCCAGAAGAUAAUCCAAUAAAAGGGUCUAUAUUAGAAAUAUGUGAAAUAGAAGUCUAUGGUUGCGGCAUAGGAAAAUUUGGAGAGCUUUGCAAAAAUUGUCAAUGUUCUACUUGCAGUAUCAUUAAUGGUUCAUGUCCUGUUGCAUGUAGUGAUAAUUGUCGAGAUACAACAUGUAAUCAAUUCUCUGGAUAUUGCACUUAUGGAUGCAAAGAACUUUAUUAUGGACCCAAAUGUGAGCAUCCAUGUAGUUUGCAAUGUAAUCCAAAGAAUUGUGAUCGAAUUUCUGGUGCGUGCUCUGCAUGCAAAAAUGGCUAUUACAGUUCAUAUUGUAAUCAAACCUGCAGUCCAUAUUGUAAAUAUAACAUUUGCGAUUUCCAUACUGGAGAAUGCCAUCAUGGAUGUAAAUCGAAUUGGACAGGAGACUUUUGUAACAAAUGCAAUGAUUCACACUUUGGCCGUAAUUGUUCUGAGAAGUGCAGUAUCAACUGCAAAGGACAGUUGUGCAAUAAUGUCACAAGAGCAUGCACCAAUGGGUGUGAAACGGGAUUCUUCAAGGAGACUUGCAAUGAACAUUGUAACCCCGGUUGUUAUAAUGGAUGCAACAGAGUAACAGGGUAUUGUGAUAAUGGCUGCGUUGACGGAAAGUUUGGCACACAUUGUCACGAAAAUUGUGGAUCAGGAUGUCUUUCCAAGAGGUGUGCACGGAUUAAUGGAAACUGUAGUUGCGCAAAUGGAUGGAAAGGGGAUACAUGCACAGAUCUAAAGAGCAGUGGCGCAUUGGAUCCUACUUCAGUCGGUCUUGGAGCAGGUGUUGGAUCUUCUGUUGUUAUUCUUGUUUUUGGUAUUGUCUUCGCUAUUGUAAUAUAUAACAGAAGAGAGGAUAACCAGAAGAACCUGCCACCAAAUAUAUUGAGCGAAAAGAACACUUCAAAGAACACUGUAGAUGUUUAUGUAAAUGAAAUAAAUAGGGGUUUUGAGAGUAAGACAUACGAUGGAAUUUCUGAAGUUGAUGAUAAGUGUGGUGCAAUGCAGAAAAAUGAAUACCUGUCGAUCUCUGAAGCUAUCCAAGAUAUGUCAAUCUAUGAUCAACUACAUCUUUGA